UACACAACACAGAACAAAUACUUACUAGUUUUAAGAAUGGCUACCCGGCAGCAGGAACAACCGGGACAUUGGUCUCCGAUCAUUCAUGCCAUAGUUUUCUGCCUUGCAGCCAUUGCUGUGGUGGCUGAUAAGCCUUAUAUUUAUGCUUCUCCACCACCUCCUCAUCACCCUAAGGACUAUGCUUCUCCGCCCUAUUACUACAAGUCACCUCCACCGAAACAUGCUGAGCACCCUCCAUAUUAUUACAAGUCCCCUCCACCUCCACCGAAACAUGUGAAGCAUCUACCCUAUUACUAUAAGUCUCCUCCACCACCAUCUCCGUCUUCGCCACCUCCAUACCACUACACAUCACCACCUCCACCAAAGAAGUCUCCACCUCCUCCAUACUACUAUUCAUCACCACCUCCACCAAAGAAAACUCCACCUCCUCCCUACUACUAUAGCUCUCCACCUCCACCAAAGGAGUCUCCACCUCCUCCCUACUAUUAUAGCUCUCCACCUCCACCAAAUAAGUCUCCGCCUCCUCCAUACUACUACUCAUCACCACCUCCACCAAAGAAAUCUCCACCUCCUCCCUACUACUACAGCUCUCCACCUCCACCCAAAAAGUCACCACCUCCUCCAUACCACUACUCGUCCCCACCUCCUCCUAAAAAGUCUCCACCUCCCCCAUACUACUAUAACUCUCCACCUCCACCUUCUCUUUCACCACCACCUCCAUACCAUUACACAUCUCCUCCUCCACCAAAGAAGUCUCCACCUCCUCCAUAUUAUUAUAACUCUCCACCUCCACCUUCUCCAUCACCGCCACCUCCUUACUAUUAUUCUUCCCCACCACCUCCAAAACACUACUAAAUUGAAUCUGUUUAAAUUAUACCAAUAAAUUUCAUCCAUGUAUUGUUUUCGAAUUGAUUCCAUAUUUUUUUUGUAUUACAAUAAGGAUAAAGUUUAAGAUUUAGAGUGAAUUUCUUCUGUAUUAAGCAGUGCUUGUUAUAUCAUUUCUCUGUAAUAAUAUGAAAGGCAUAAUCAAAUUCUAUGAUAUAUAUUUCUUUUCUUA